CAAAAGCAUAAAUAUAUAUUAAAAGGUCGCUGUCUGAAUGUCAAGUAAACUUGUGCACCUUGAAAUUCAAAGACUUGUGACUAUUUCUUUAGAUUAAUUAUGAGUGCGUACGGUUCUGGUAAAGCUAACGACACAGACUUUAGAAGAUCGUGGAACAAGGAAGAAUACGCAGCGAAAGCACGAGCUCGUGAAGCAAGAGAUCGAUUAGCAGAAGAAAAUGAAGAACGUCGAAAGAUGGGCUUGCCACCUCUAAAACCCAAAAAGAAAGAGGAAACUGACGAAGACAAGGAAAAACUGUCUCAUCGCACACUGACUUUAGAGUUAGAAAAGAAUGUAGGCAAAGUUCAAGUUGUUCAAUCGACCGAUUCAAGAAAGCAACCGGGAUUCUAUUGUAAAGCCUGUGAUAUUACAAUCAAGGACAGUGUUACAUAUAUAGAUCACUUGAACGGAAGAAAGCAUUUGGCAAACGCAGGUAUUUCCAGAAAGGUAGAAAAGGCGAGCGUCGAUGAUGUGAAAGAACGUUUGGCAAUGCUAAAGAGAAAACGGGAAAAUCCAAAGUCUGAAGAAUAUGACCUUGAUGAAAGAUUGGCAGCACUAAAGCAACAGGAAGAGGAAGAAAAGAGAAAGAAAAGAGAAAAGAAGAAACAAAAGAAAGAACAUAAGAAGGAAGAAAAAACAGAGAAUACAGAAGAAGACGAGAUGGCAAAAAUGAUGGGAUUCUCUGGUUUUGGUUCUUCUAAAGCAUGAUUCAAUAAAUCAUUACAGAUUUAUUUUUGCUUUAUGUGAUGAGGACAUCCUUGUUACAUUUCUCAUCAGCCUCGGACUGGCUACAAAACUUGUUAGUUUGUUGACUAACUGUUGUCUAGCAUUCGUGAUGGGAGCUGAAGGAAGUUUGAUAGCUUCUCUUAAGAUGGUUUUAGCGUUGUUGCUAUUCUCUUUGUCUAAAAAGACGAAUUUUUCAUCAAGUCUAUAUAAAAUAAGAAGAAUGAAUACAGACUGAGUCAAAUCGAAUUAAACAUACUCAUCGAACAGACGAUCUUCAUCUUAUAUUGAA